AGUUUGGGUCAAAGGUCAAAGUUGCAAAGAUGGCGGCAAUUUUGAUGAAUUAGCACAGGAGAACAGAGAACAGUGACUAUCAAGAGAACGCCGAUUUCCAGAGUUUAUUGACUGCUUCAGAGGUGGCAGAACUUUGUAAGGAUGCCUCGCAAGAAGACAGUACCUGAAGACAGUAGCGGCCACUUGGAAACACCUGGCACCGAUACUCCACAGCCUCCAAGGAAGACCAGAGGAAAGUCACCCAAACCUCCCACAGUGUUGGACAUAAAAAAAGAACCUUCUAAACCAUCUAAAAGAUCAGCAGACAAGGGACAGAAGGAAGAGAAAGAUGUUGGAACAUCAACAGCUAAGAGGAAAGCUGGCAUCACUGUUGACACCACGCCGCCCAAGAAAGCAAGAAACACAACGAAAAACAAGGAAGCUGAGAGUAAACCACAGGCUGAGGCAGUUGUGUCAAAUGAAAAGAAGAAGGAAAGAAAGACGAAGACUACUAAGAUAAAGGUGGAAGCCAAGGAUCAGGAGGAGAAGGCUAAGACUGAGAAAGUGAUAGGGAAGGGAAGAAAAAAUGGAAGCAAGACCAAACAGGAAGUGAAGGAAGAGCCCACAGCCAGCAGCAGCACCGAAGAAAAGACCAAACCCAAGAGGAGGGCGGCUAACAAGGCCAGUGUGUUAUUAGGAGGCCCAGGGCAGUUUAAGAAGUUUGUGGGAGCUCAUGUUUCUAUUACAGGUGGAAUACAGAAUGCUGUGGAGAAUGCUGUAGACAUCAAUGCCAGGGCCUUUGGUCUGUUCCUGCGCUCCCAGAGACAGUGGGCGUGUAAGCCCAUGGAGGAGUCUGCAGCCAGGCUAUUUAGGGAGGCCUGUCAGAAGCAAGGCUUUUCACCCAACCAGAUCCUGCCCCAUGGCAGCUAUCUGCUGAACUGUGGCGCGCCCAACCCGGAGACCCUGAGGAAGAGUCGGGAGGCCCUGGUGGAUGAGCUGAAGAGGUGUGAACAGCUCGGACUCACCAUGUACAACUUCCAUCCUGGUUCUUCCUGUGGUGAGAUCACAGUAGAGGAGUGUCUGACCAGGAUAGCAGAAAGUAUAAACCUGGCUCACCAACAGACCAGCAGUGUUACAACAGUGAUAGAGAACAUGAGCUGUCAGGGUAACACAGUGGGAGGGAAGUUUGCAGAGCUGCGUGGGAUCAUCGACAGGGUGGAGGACAAGUCCAGGGUGGGAGUGUGCCUGGAUACCUGCCACGCCUUUGCUGCUGGAUACGACCUUUCUACCCAGGCUGGAUAUGACAAGAUGAUGCAGGAGUUUGAAGAAACUAUUGGGUUUUCCUACCUCAGGGCCAUGCACAUCAAUGACUCCAAAGGUGAAGUUGGAUGCCAUCUUGAUCGGCAUGAGAACAUCGGGAAGGGGAAGAUUGGCAUUGAAGGCUUCAGACGAGUCAUGAACGACCCACGACUGAACAACAUUCCCAUGAUCCUGGAGACGCCUGUGGGUUUGGAUGACGAUGAUGAGAUAAGGAUACUGUACUCCUUAUGUGAGGACCUGUAGACUGGCCCAGGAAACCUCA